CACCGCCCCAACAGUUGCCCACGCCUCUUUCCAUUCCUUUCAGAUACGUGUAGCGGAGGGGGAAAAUUAGAACCCACCACAGGCCACAGCUACCUCUUCCCUCCGCGCGCGGGCGUCCAAAUUCUUCUUCGAUUCCCUCAACCAUGAACGAUCAAGAAAGAAGGCGAUCACCAUGUACGACGUCAACCACUAGAAUCCUUCUGCCUCACGUUGUGGUCUUUAUCUCUAUCUCGAACCCUCCCUGGGCGGUAAAAGUUAGGGAUGAUGGUGGUGGAACCAUCGUCAAAGAUUCCAUGAACCGAUUGUUGAGAUGAAGACGGCAAAGCUCGAUGCGACGACGUAUCCUCCGACGUUUUAGAGCUCCGUCGACGGCCGCGGAUUAGCCGACUUCAACCAUUCGCCAAGUGGUGGGUAUCAUCUCGUAGAGGCAAUCCCAGGAGCAUCACCGUGUCGACGAAAUCAGAUUCUGACAUCGGACGAGGGAGAAACGAGCAUCGAAAGUUUGGAUGAAAAUCUGUUAAAUUCAGGUACCACUACAGACAAUUCGAAAAGUUUGUGGAUCAUUUGGGUAUUUUUAUAUCAGGGUCGUGGUCAACUAUGUUGACUGGAAAAAUUUCAAUUUCGGUACCUAGAACUUUUAAGCUGACAGAAUAUUUAUUUUGAUCAUAACUCGAUCAAUUGACGUCCGAACAAGGAAUCGUCAGCACCUAUGGAAUCGUGAGAGUGAGGAGAAUUUAAUUGGAGCAAGUAUGGAAAUUUUAGAGCAGAUUCAGAGUUGGUUUCGAUGGAUUAGAGGUGAGUGUAAAGGAGGUAAAUUCUACGCCUUACGUGUUCUUUCAAGAAUUACAAGUCUUGGGUAUUUUUGAUGAAGUGCAUGUCGUUGUUGAUUGUGCUUAUGGUUGAUGAUAUGUGACUUUGUUUGAGUCAUGCUUGAUGUGAAUGUGCAUGAGUUCUUAUUUGAAUUAAAGCUUUAAGUUUAUAAGUUAUUGUUAAAGUUAAGAAACAAGUUUGUUUUAAGAAAUAACUCACCUUCAAGAAGGUGAAGUCGUUUUAAGUGUUUUUAGUCACUAGUGCCGGUCCGUUGCCAUUUGAGAUUUUCAGACAGAGCAGCAGUUAUGCUCUUGAGACUUUUAAGUUGAGCAGCAAUUAUGCUCUUAAGAACCGUGUUGAAGAGCCACCACGUUAAGUUUAAGAUGUUAGGGGGAUGAAUCGUUACGACUUCCCUAACUAAGUUUAAGUUUUAGAUUAAGGAAAGCCUGAAUGGCUUCUCAUACGUAUGAGUUGGCAACCGGACUAGCUAGUGAGGGAUCCCAGUGUCAGUCAAGUAUUUAAGUUGAGAUUUGAGUUUUAAGAAUGGAGAGUAACAGUUACUCCCAUACAGUUUUAAGAGUUAAGAUUUUUAAGAAUGGAAGUACAAACAACUUCCCUCAUUUUGAGUUUAAGUGUUUGAGAAGAAGUGCAAAAUUAUUAGAAAGUUAAAAACGUAAGGGCGUAGACUGACCCCAUCUCACUCACCAGUUGAAGAGCUAGAGGAAGAGAAGAGCUAGAGGAGCAUGUAGUGAGCAGCGAAUUCGAAGGCAUGCAACUAGAGGAGGGCAGUAUAAGCGUCACAGAGGAUGCUUAGUCCAGGUUUCAGUAGUAACAACAUUAGAGACUAUUAGUUAUUUACAUUUAUGAUUAUGAGUAUAGAUUGGAGAUCAGAUUGAGAUUUUAAAGUUUGAGUUUAAUUUGCCCACGUGUUAGGGCUUUGCUCCGAGCUACAAGUAUGUGUUUUCAGUAUUUUAUUUAUGAAAGUUUUUCCUCUGCAAAUUAAGAUUUGAGCAUUUUAUUUAUCAAGGGCAUUUUAGUAAAAGUAGUACCCGGCCGGGUUAGGGUGUUUCAUAAAAUGUCUUAACCAAACCGUCCAAAUUAACACGAAAACCAAAUUAACCAAAAUAAAGUUUAAUUGGUUUGGUUAACCGGAUAAUCGGAUAACCAAAUAACAUAACAUUACAUGAAAAUAAUUUUCAUGUUAAUGAAUAAAACAUAACCAUAUGUUGUUACUAUCAUAAAAUAUCAUUAUAUAAGAAAUAAUAAUAAGACUAACCAUCUAUGAUUAUCAUCAUCAUUUGAGUUAAUACAUCAUUCAUCAUCUCUGCACCUAAUAUUGUUAGCUUACCACAAAUCCCUUAACAUAAAUACCUACCAAUAGCACUAAUCAUGAAGUUAAAGCUCUCCAACAAAACACUUAGACUAUACAUAGUUAGAGGUGGUUGUCAUGGUAUUGUACGUAAUCCUAAUGUUUAGUAGUUGUCCAAAAUGUUUUGGUUUAGUAAAUAGGCAUGCUCAUUUAAUUUUUGAACCAUAAUGUUUUGGUUUGUUGUGCACAUGGAAAUAAAUAGCGAAUCACGAAAGUUUGGUUUGGUUGGUUGCAUGGAAGUAUAAAUAAUUCUGUAUAUUAGGUGUAUCAUUAAUUGGUUAAUUGGUUUCAUUGGUUAGCAGUGUUGAAACCAAACCAAACCACCUAACCAAAUAAGCUAAAUGGUUUAACUAAACCAAACCAAUUAUUCAAAUUAACCAAACCAAAUUAACCGAAUGCUACCGGUUAAGAUGGUUACCACGGUAACCAAUCCGUUUGAACACCCCUACCAUCGAUGGAUCGAUCUGGAAAAUGUUUGAGAGGGCUAGUCUAUGACAAAAUAAAAAAUUUAGAAACUCAUUCGAGGAGAAAACGUAUCAAUAUGAGCAUUAGCCAAUUUAAAAAGAAAACCACCUAGCUUAUAUUCGUCACAUGUAUAUUUUAAAUAUGACAUGAUUAAUUAUCCUUUCGCUCCAACCUAUGAUGCAAUGUUCUCUUUCUUUAUUCUUUACAUUAAUCAUUAGCAUACAUCUUAAUAAGCCCUUUCGCCUCCAGAGUUGCUGAUUAGAACCCAAAACAAUUAAAGGUUUGUUUGGAAGUUACUUUGUUAAUAGAUGUGUUGUGGUGAAUACAUGUAAGUGAAUUUUUUUUUUCUUCCUUAUAAUGUGGAGUUACAAGUAGGAUUUUCACCACAUCCAAAUUAUAAACCUAAUUAUAAUUGAUAUGAUUGGAAUACUUUGAUCAUCUGAAAAAGAUUAGUAAUUUUUUUUGGUGAUUGUGUUAUCUUCCUGUUAAUCAAAUACAAGAGGCGAAAAAGUGCAUAUGCUACAAGACAACAAAUCAUACAGUCCUACAAGCUUACACUCCACACUAAUAGCAGUUAGGAACGGAACAACAAUCAGGGAUGAGGUUAUCGAAUUUGGAGUUGAGUCGCAGACUAUAUUGCUCUCUUUAAGACGUUGCGGCACUGCUCUCGAUGCGCACGACAGACUAUAAACCGGUUGUCUCCGGGAUAAAAUAGCUCCUCGAAUGCUCGGCGGUUUUGUGCGAAAAUCGGAGCUCUUUGAACACUCUCUCUAUUGUGUUUAUGCUCGUUGUGGUGUUUUUGGAGGGGCUGGGGAGGCGGCUAUUUAUAGGAGCCGAACCACUAGGAAUAUACCCUCUUGCUUGGAGAAUAAGUUGGAUUAAUUAAGGAAGAUAAUUACUUUCUUAAUUAGAACCCGUCUGUAAGAUAAUUCCUGGCAGGAUUAUCCUUCGAAUAUUCCUUUUUAAUCAAUUAUCCUUAGAAUAUUCCUUCGAAUAACCAAUUAAUAAUUAAUUAUCUAAUAAUUAAUUUCAUUCGGAAUUUCUCCAAAAAUAUAUAGUCUCAAGUGAACCAACCAACCGGUCGGUCGGACGGCGCGCGUGUGGUGGUCUGUUAGGUCCUCCCCUCUCCCACAAAAGUGGGUCACCCCAAGGGACAUGCCCUUAGGAGAGAGGCUCUUAUCUUUAUACACAUUUCACCAAGUAAAACUACCAAUGUGAUAGUUUUUCCAACUUGAGACUCUAUAGCUUUCAAAGCUAUUCACUCAUUUCCAACAAUCCCCCACUUGAAUAGUUUUGAAACUAUCUCUGGGCAUCAAUAGUUCCAUAAGAUUGGGCAUAAGCUAAGGUAUCAUGAAGAUUUGAACCUUAGCGUAAUGGUUACACUUCCGAUUUCAUAAGGGUGACUCGUAGUCUUGAACCCUAUCUCAGACAGUGAAGCACACCAGAUCUUUUAAUUGAGUUGUGUUCUCUUCUUAGCCCGUGCGUUUAUGGCCAUGCACGUUAUCCUGGUUUAGUGAACGCUCUAGCAACUUUGUGCCUCCAAAGUUCCAUAAGGAGCAGCCCCACUCCCACAUUCACAUAUGUGAGUCUAUCAAAAGUACCCCCAAAGUAAAGAACUCCAUCCCACAUAGGGUAUAGAUCUCAUUAAGAGUUAUUAACUCAACCUCCAUUGCUUUGGGAUUCAUGCUUCACUAUGCAUGAACUUUUCGCAUACUACUCAUGACUUGUUACUACCUGUUGGGCAUAUAACUCGGAUCCCGCUGCGCCAAAGAAACAUCGACAUUAGAGGAGUUGGGCGCGUUAGUGCCGACGCGACCAGAAAGGCACACCGACGAACGCCACCACCAAGAGCGUCGGGCGCAUCAGCACCGACGCGAGCGAGCACACCGACGAGCGCCAAUACCAAGUGAUUCGGGCGCAUCAGCACCGACGCAAGGACGACGUUUGAGUCCAACGUUGACCAAAUUAGCGAGUGUGGGAAAACGACGCCGCGUUCCACCCGCCGAGUGGUCACAUCAUAGUCCUAGUCCUAGGUAUAAUAAAAGGCUAAAUGUACUUAUCCUAGGUAGAGGUAUGGUCUAGUCCUCUGACAUGUCAGUAGUCAUGUCACCAUGUAACUCACCCACCACCAUGUAGCCUAUAAAUAGGGCAUUCACUCCGGUGGGUGAGGGGAUCGGAUUUUGGAAACUCUAUCUCUAAGAAAAAGAACACACUUCUCUCUCUAAAAGUCACUCUCUCAACUCCUUCCUCCCUUUCCUUCCUUCUUAAGCUCCAGGCUGAUUCCUGUUGCUCAUUCUCCUCGACCCAUUUCACGUGAAUCUCACUCCUACACUCAGUUAGGUUCAAACACUACCCAUUGAACCCAUUUCUUGGGGUCUCCAGUCUAUUGGGUCGGGUUACCAUCACUUGUAGUCUGUGGUUCCGUAGGCAUAAGUCCAAUACCCUUGGCGGCAUUCUGGACUUUUUCUCUAGGUAAUCCUUUUGUCAAAGGAUCAGCUAGAUUCUGUUCGGAUCUUAUAUGAUCCACCCUCACUGCUCAUAUUGUUAGGAGUUCUCUUACAGUACUGUGCUUACGAUGAAUCUGUCGUUUCUUUCCGUUGUAGAACCGGUUCUCAACUUUAGCGAUUGCUGCGGUAGUAUCACAAUGGAUCAAUACCGGAGGGACCGGCCUUUCCCAUAAGGGAAUCUCCGACAACAAUCCUCUCAACCAACUUGCUUCUUCACUAGCCGUUGCUAGUGCUAUCAUCUCCAAUUCCAUAGUUGAUUGAGCUAGGAUUGUUUGUUUCUUUAACUUCCAAGACACAGCUCCACCAGCGAUGUUAAAAACAUACCCACUGGUUGCCUUGGAGUCAUCUGAUAGGGUAUUCCAAUCCGCAUCACUAUACCCUUCUAGUACAGCAGGAAACCUUUGAUAGUGUAUACCAAGGUUUGUUGUUCUCUUGAGGUAUCUCAUGACCCUCUCUAUAGCAUUCCAAUGCUCUCUACUAGGACAGCUGUUGAACCUGCCAUGCAAUCCCACGACAUAUGCAAUGUCUGGUCGAGUGUAAUCCGCAGCAUAAGAGACUGCCAAUGAUGCUAACGUAUCCAUAUAAUGAUUUGUCUAACUUACAUACUUUCGAGGCAUGUUCGGGGAUAACAAACCCUUAUGGUUGUUCCAUAUAGAUUUCCUCAUCCAGAUCACCGUUCAGAAAAGCAGUCUUAACAUCCAUUUGGUGUACCACGAGAUUGUUCAAUGCAGCAAGAGCAAUCAUGACACGAAUGGAUGUUAUUCUAGAUACUAGUGAAUAGGUAUCAAAGAAAUCUAUAUUCUCUCUCUGCCUAUAGCCCUUAACUACUAGGCGAGGUCGGAACCAUUCGAUUGCACCAUCAGGUUUCCGUUUCGUUUUUAGAACCCAUUUAUUACCUAAGACUUUGCAGCCAGGAGGUAACAACCAACUAGGGACGAGGUUACCGAAUCUGGAGCUGAGUCGCCGACUAGGUCGCUCUCUUUAAGACGUUCGCGGCACUGCCCUCGAUGCGCACGGAAGACUAUCAACCGGUCGUCUCCAGGAUAAAACAGCUCCUCGAAUGCUCGGCAGUUUUGUGCGAAAACCGGAGCUCUUUGAACACUCUCUCUACUGUGUGUUUAGAGGGGCCGGGGAGGCGGCUAUUUAUAGGAGCCGAACCCCUAGGAAUAUACCCUCUUGCUUGGGGAAUAAGUUAGAUUAAUUAAGGAAGAUAACUACUUCCUAAAUUAGAACCCGUCUGUAAGAUAAUUCCUAGCGGGAUUAUCCUUCGAAUAUUCCUUUUUAAUCGAUUAUCCUUAGAAUAUUCCUUCGAAUAACCGAUUAAUAAUUAAUUAUCUAAUAAUUAAUUUCGUUCUGAAUUUCACCAAAAAUAUAUAGUCUCAAGUGAACCAACCAACCGGUCGGACGGACAGCGCGCGCGUGUGGUGGUCUGUUAGGUCCUCCCUCUCCCACAAAAGUGGGUCACCCCAAGGGGCAUGCCCUUAGGAGAGAGGCUCCUAUCUUUAUACACAUUUCAGCAAGUAAAACUACCAAUAUGGUAGUUUUUCCAACUUGAGACUCUGUAACUUUUAAAACUAUUCACUCAUUUCCAACAAUAGCUAUACAGAUUUGCAAUAGAAAAAUACGAGAUCUACCCGAGAAGGCUAAUAGUACUAAAAAAGUCAAUAAAAUAUUUAUACUUAAAUCUUAAUUCAAUCUUUUCAUACUCACAAAAUCACACGACAACUUGAUAAUCGAUAGACGGUUUUUUUGGUUUACAUUUGCUGAAUCACCCUAAUAAAUAAACAGGUCCUUAAGCUCUGUUUGAUCUUUGGUUUGGCGACUAUGACAUUGACAGGACAGGACAAAUACGCCGCCACAGCAAAUCCUAUUGAACGUAAAAAUGAAGGUAAUUUUGGAACCAAAGAUCAAACAGAGCUUGAAGAUACCAAGAAGGUAGUCAAGGGUUCAUCAAGCCCUCAACUUCGGCAUAGAUUAAUUAUUAUGUCAUUAUCAUGGUCGUUCCCAAAACCUUACUUCAACGGUGAUUUAUUCUCGACACUGACAUUGCCGCAAAAAAAACUUGACAAUUGAAUUACAAAAGGUCAAAUUGCAACUUGCAAACCUGUUUCUAAGAAAAAACACUAUUUCUGACCCUCAAUUCUACCAUCCCAUCCACACAUAAACAACAAGACGAUUAACCUUGAACACACUACUACGGGCGUGCAUGCGAUCCUUGAUAUUAAGUUGGUUGAUAGUUACAACAAGGCAACAAAACUAUUUUUCAUGACCGAGAUAUAACUCAACAAGUUAUAUUCACGCAAUUCAUCGAUUGUGAAUAUAGCAAAUUAAAUAACAAUCAUUAAGGUAAAAAACGUGAUCUUUGACUGUCAAUCAUGCAAUCCACAUAAUCAGCGUAAGAGGAUUCACCUCAAAUCAUCCUCGUGCGUGUGUGCAUACAGUAUUUGAUAUCAAUUCGAUUAGGAGUGACCAGCAAAGCAAUGAAACUAUUGCCCAUAUCACCUUGAUCACAAUAAUUCUAGUUGUUCAAUGAUGUCCGGAAAUUGAAUUUUAUACCAUUGAUUACAAUCUUGACCUAGGGGUUUUUUUUUUGUCAUUUCAAGCUCAACCUUACAGCCUGAACCUCCUCUCCUACUAGGGGUGGCUAUACGGUCCGGUCCGGUUAAAUUGGCCCAAAUUGAUCCGGUCCAGUCCGGUCUUUUUGAAAAUAUAAGGACCAAAGAUUGGAUUGGAUACAGUCCGGUCCUGAUCCGGUCCGGUCCCAAUUCGGUCUUGAUUUUACAUUGAGAUUGUGGGGUUUGAGUGGCCUAAGGCCUUAAAGGGUGAGGAGUUGGUUAAGUUUUGUACUAAGUGCAAAGGUUUGUGACCGUUUAGGCAAAUUACCCUUAAGUUUUGGGUGUUGAGCUCUCUUAUCCGGUCUUUAUCCGGUUUUUUACCUCAAAUCUAAGCCCAAAGAUUGGAUUGGAUUGUUUAAUAUCCGGUCCCGGUCCGGUCUCGGUCCGGGUUAUACGGUCUCGGUUUCUGGUUUUUAAUCCGGUCCCGGUCCAAAUAGCCACCCCUAUCUCCUACAACUGGACCUCCCUUUCCUAACAUUCUCCCUUCAAUGCAAAAAAAGGAGUUAAUUGCAUGGUUGGUCACUGAUAUUACAAAAAUCGUUCAUGUUUGGUCACUACAAAUAUUUAAUUCCAUUCGUGAUCAUUAAUUUUACUAAAGCAUGUCAUGUUUAGUCACUCUCCUUUAGUCUCCGUUAUCCUCCGUUAACGGCGUCAAUUUUUUGCUGACUUGGCUAAAAGAAAUGUCCAGUCACCCAAUUUUAACCCAGAAAACCUAAAACAUAACCCGCCACAUCAUAAAUCCAACCCAACCCUUGACCCAACCUAACCCGACCGAACUAAAAAAGCAUUACAGUGAUAGAGCUGGGUUUUCACGUGAAGGCUACCUGAACCAUCGCACAAGCUUCAUCUGAAAUACCCAGAACCACCGUCGUUUCUGCCGAAAUUGUCUGACUCGAAGACGUCACCCAAACCGACGAUGUCAUCCACGAAAUCGAGCCUCCUCAUCCCUGGGUCCGUCUAGGAAGACUCCAACAGGCGCAGGAAUCUCGGAACCCCAAACCAGAAAUUGAAACCACAAAACCCAGCAAGAAUCAAAACCCCAAAACGGAAACCCUAAAAACACAUAUCGGGAUGGGUUUGUCGAUUGCAGCAGAGACGGUGGAUGUUGGGGUUCCCCUAGGUUGAUUGCACUAGCGAUCUGCUUGGGUUUGUCUGGAUCGCCAUCGGAAGAAGAAGAAAAGUUGAUGGGUUCUCUUGGGUUGAUUGCAGGGAUGAUCUGCUUGGGUAUGGUUGAGGAUACUGAGUAACGAUUAGGUUCAUGGAUUGACUCAGUCUGUGGAGCUGGAGGAGGGCGUAGUAAUCAUGCGUUUCGGUGCCGUUGUUGUGGUCCUUGAACUGCAGCUCGGCGGAAAGCAUGAUGUUGGCGGCGGCGAUGAUUUGGUAAGUGUAUUGGAGGAGGACAGAGUCGGAAUCCCUACUCAAAUCCCGGGAGCGGACCGCAAACGACUUGGCACCCUGGAGCUCCCGGAAGAUAAGAAGCUACUCGGUGAUGGUCAGCCACCGCUCCGUCUCCACUCUGUAUGACCUGUCGCCUCUUCAAAUUUUUUGGGUUCAUAUCAGUUUUGCAGGUUUCCAGUUUCCCCCCUUCCCUUCUCUGUUUGUGAGCUUAAGGCUCGAGAGAGAGUGAAUUAGAAGAUGGCACAGGGACCAUGGGUGAUUGAGAAGUCAGCCAUUUCCCCAAUUUGGAGAUGAAGAAAGAUGGGGAAGAUGAACAAUUUCGGGGGAGACAAAGAGGAAGAAGGUUCAGGCCGGCGGGGUCAAUUGGAGAAGAAGAGAUUGGGUAAUGGGUUGGUUUUAAUGAUGUGGGAAAUUUUAAUGACGUGGCAGGUCGAAUUUUAUUUUUAUUGGGUUAAAAAUGGCUGAUAAGGCAUUUCUAUUAGUCACGUCAGCAAAAAAUUAACGCCGUUAAC